AUGGGAGCCUUUGGCCGCUCCUCGCGAGGCCUGCUCUCCGCUCGUGCCGGGCCUUCGAACGGCGCCAACGAGGCCGGCAACGCCAGCGCCGCCGCGGGUGAUUGGCCGUCCUCGCUGCUAUCUCUUUUGAGCAGCGGCUUGCGUUUUUCUGCUGUGGCGGUUGCGCCCUCCGAGCCUCCGCAGCUCUCGGCCGCGGUGGUGUCGGACCCGUGGUGCAUCCCAGACAGCAUGAGCUGCGGGCUCUGCUUGCGCGAGGCCAACGAGACAGACUGCCCCGCUGCUCCCGACAACUUGGAGCGCUGCGACGAGCAAUACGCCUCCAAAUUCCCUGUUGCGGGGGGCUUUUGCGAGGGCUCCGGCGCGUGCGGCACCCAGAAGGACCUAAACAACUGCAUGCCAGGCGCGGCGAGCCGCCCAGCCGCGACUUCUUCUCUUCCCAUCUCCGCGGCCUCUGGCUGUCUCGAGGGCUCAGCCGGCCGUCGGCCAAACAAGAGUCCCGUCGUCUCGCGGCGCGCCUCGGCCGACGGCAUCCUGUCGGCCGACGAGGAGAGCGAGGGGGCCCUGACUCCGUCACCCUCCCGCGGCGGUUUGAGCCCUAUUUUUUUCUCGAUGCCGGGUCUGGGGCAGGGGCCCUCGCCAGUCAAGCCUGCAGUCAAGCCGCUGUCGCGGAGAGGCUCGAGCGCGCGCUUGUCGGGCAUGCGGGGGAUGAGCGUGGGGUCCUUCUUCUCGGGAGACAGCGGCGGGCAGGUCAACUAG